UCGGCGCUGCUGCAAUUGUCUAGUGUAGUUUUAUUGUAGUGGGGCCAAGCAAACCAAUUAUUAACACCGCUAGACGGAGCUAGAGAAACAUAACCGCACAUGGUUUAUGGUCAUCAAUUUUGUAAACAAAACAUUUAUUGUGAUAUUGUGUAUGCUUAUCAUGAAUUUAAACAAGAAUUCAAGGCUUAUUUCAUCUUUUGUUAAACCAGCAACACGAAAAAGAGCUUUUUUGUGCUGGAACAAACUCAAGACAUGCUCCUCCAAUAUUUCAGUAUACACUGCUUCUCAAAAUGAACACAGAGAAAGCAAUUUAAUUGAAUCAAGGGAAAAAAAUAAACUGCAAAGAAGAACUUUACUUUUUGACGAGGCUAAAAAACAGCAACUUGCUGACAGGGUGCCAAGAAUAGAAAAAAUAGAGGUAAAAUACAAAGGUCGUGUUUUGACAGAUGAUGCAAUCAUGUUUAUGAACAAAAAUCUUUCCACACCUUACCACUGCGCUAUGCAUAUUGGAACUGGUGUUGCAAAUUCCUCUGUUCUUGCUGUUGUGACUCCCAGUGAUGCGCAAUCAAAUUCCACCAGUGUUUCCAAAGUAGAAACAAAUCAUGAUGGAGAGUUAGUAACAACAGAUCCAGCUAAAUCUGAACAAUUAUUAUGGGACAUUCAUUCUCCUUUGCCAUUUGACUGCGAACUGGAGUUACUUAAAUUCACAAUGAAUAAUUCGCUCCAGUGGCAACAUGAACAAGUCAACAAGGCUUACUGGCGAACAUGUUCUGUUAUUCUUGGUGCAGUUGUGCAAGAGGCUUUUAAAGAAAAUCAGAAAAUUGGGCUUUUAAAGAUACCAGAAAUUUCCGUGAAAAGUGGAGCAUUCUGCUACGAUCUGCUCCUUGAUCCAGGGAUGCGGGACUGGGAGGCAAGGGAGGAGGACCUCGUCUUCAUGAGCAAAGUUGCAAGGAGGAUCAUUUCAAAAAAUCUUAAGUUCGAGAAGUUGGAAAUGGAAGCGGGGAUCGCAACUGAGAUCUUCCAAGAGGAGGAACAAAAACUGAACACCAUAGCUGAGCUGUUGGAGAAGAAUGGACAAGACAGCUCCAUACCUGUAUAUAGAUUUGGAGAAUACAUGGAUGUAAUAGAAGGCCCUCUUAUAUCAAAUACAUCACAUAUAUUUCAUUACAUCGUAACUGCACUGCAUCAAGUAAGCAAGGAAACCAACACAUGGCGAAUUCAAGGUUUAUCGCUACCUGAAGAACUAAAGCUUCACCAUAGCGUGUGGUCUGUGCUAGAGAACAGAGCUCGCAAACUGGUAAGAGAAGAUCUGCCAGAAAACUGUGAUCUUGGCGUAGAUAAUUCCAAAAGGUUCAAUAUGCACCGUUACGAAUCCAUUGAAAACAAAACAAAAAUUCGUAGCAAAGCGACUGGACAGUGGUUACAUAAAGACUGGAAGACUUCAGCAGAAAAAAUUGAUCCUACCGUUUCAAAUUGAUAAUAAUAAAUGUAACAAGCGUUGGUUGGC